CCCUUCCCCUCUCUCUCUCUCUCUACCCUUCAUCACUUUUCACUAAUAUAUAGCCAACCACUUCUUCCUCCUCCUCCUCACACAAACUCUCUCUCAUAGAUUGAUAGAUAUCAGUGGUAGAUAUAUUAUACCCACACAAAAAGAACAGCAAAGAGGUACUGUAUAUUACUCCUAGCUAUUUCCAUAUAUGGGUUUACAAGGCCAAGUGACCGACUGUUCGACAGAAUCUAUCCCAAUCCUCCUGGUAGCCGUUUUAGCCGGCUGCGUGACUUACCUCCGCUCCAUCCUCCUCACGGCCCUCCGCUCCAUGGGUCUCUCCCGAAUCGAACCCGACGAAGGGCUCUUAGACGGGGUGGCCUCCGAACUGGCCGGCCUGAUCAUCCUCGGCGAGCAGAAGAACGCGAACCGGAUCUUCUCCUACGACUACUGCUGCGACGGCGAGCCGGCGGCCGGCUCGGACUGCGUGGUUUGUCUGUCGAAGCUGAGGGAGGGGGAGAGGGUGCGCAGGUUGAGGUGCCGCCACGUGUUCCACAAGGGGUGCUUCGACGGGUGGCUGGAUCAGAUGCAGUUCAGCUGCCCCCUGUGCCGGUUCCCGCUGGUUUCCGACCGCCACGCCGGCCUCACGGAGCGGCGCGUGUGUAAAGACCUCAUCUCGUUCUUCUCUUUGCGGCGCGUGAACCUCCAUCGCCUACCCAUCGCAUAAUGAUCUGUUAUAUAAUAUUACCCUUUUCUUGUCAAGGGUUGAUGGGUAGUUUUGACCUUCUGAUUUGUUCUUGUUUACGUUUAGGUUUUUUUUUUGGAAAAUAAUUUUCACUCUCUUAUUUGAAAAAUUCACUUUAAAAUUUCAGUAACGCUACAGAAACGUUUUCAGAGACACAGAUGCGUUCAAAGACGUCCAAUGGAUACGGAUACCGCAAAAUGUAUGCGAAACCACGUACAUCGGAUGGUUGAGAAGACAUCUUUGUUUAAAUAUGUACUCGGAAAUCUUUCUUCUGAUCAUUUCUGUUAAUAUUUAUCUUUCAACGGUUAAAAUUACACAAAUACUAUUUUGAAAAAAGGAUUUGAAGUGUGUUCAUCAAAUACUAGAGUGUAAAUCUUUUUAUUUUUAUUUUUAUUUUUAUAUCCUUUGGUUUUUUGAAGAGCUCUUUGUAUGGGGGGUUCUUUUUUAGGAUCGCAAAUUUUGGUUUAUUAGGAGUAGUUUUUACUCCCAAGGCGAAAACAUAUGUUUUUGCAUAGGUUUUUUUUUUCUCUCUCUGUCCAAUCAAUGCUCUCAAAAACCUCUCUCACAAUUCAAACCGAACCGGGAUCUGCCUACCUAACCAUGAUGGUAGGUCAUUGGAAUAAAGAUCUUUGGGCAGUUGAUGCGAAUAUGCUGUAAUUGUAACUUAAUGUGAGUGGUUUGUAUGAAUCCUUAAUGCGGGGGUGAAGAUGUAAAUUUGCGAGAUUACUGUUUUCCUUUUAUGGAUGAACGUGGUUAAUUAUUAA